AUGAUUUGUUUUUGACAAGGUUUUGAUAAGUAGAUAGCAUCGACAGGUAUACCUUAAAGUUGUCCUGAGAUUGGUGCUCGCAGGAUAUCUCCACAAUCAUGAAGCUUUCUCUACUUUUCGUCGUUGUUGCCCUGGUUAUAGGAACUGAGGCUUAUCGAAAGGGUGACUGGCGCCGAAACAAAUGCGAGAGAGUAAGAUGCGAAGCCAACUGUCGAAAAGUGAAGGGCGAAAAUGGAUGCUUCAAGUGUGCUUGCCCUCCUCUUUGUUCUCCACCCAAAUGUGACCCGGGAUGCGUGGUGCAAGAAAAGUUUGAUGGGCCAUGCCCAGGAUGUGAUUGCCCGGAUGACAAGGACACAGAUAUUGGUGAUAUUGUGGAGAAAAAAGUGAUCUGUGAACCUCCCGUGUGUGGACCCGGAUGCGAAGUCGAGGUGAACUUUGAAGGUCCUUGCCCAGGAUGCGUUUGCAAAGAAGAACUUCCCAUCCCGAAGAUUGUGUGCGAUCCUCCCAAGUGCGGACCGGGCUGUUUCAUUCAGACAGUUUAUGAUGGACCCUGCCCAGGAUGCCAAUGUGAAGAAAAACCCAAAGAUAAAGUUAUCUGUGACCCACCCAGAUGUCCCCCUGGAUGUAGAAUAGAAACUGUGUUUGAUGGACCUUGCCCAGGUUGCGAAUGCAAGAAAGAAGAAAUUCCCAUCCCAAAGAUCGUAUGCGAUCCUCCAAAGUGUGAGCCGGGUUGUUUCAUCCAAACUGAAUACGAUGGACCCUGCCCCGGAUGCGAAUGCAAAAAAGAUGUCCCUGAACCGAAGAUUGUUUGCGAUCCACCUAGAUGUGCUCCAGGAUGUAGUAUCCAGACAGUCUAUGAUGGACCAUGCCCAGGAUGUGACUGCAAACCGAAAGAAGACAUAAGGGAUACCAAAAAAGUUAUCUGUGACCCACCAAGAUGUCCUCCAGGUUGCACAAUCCAAAGAGUUUUUGAAGGACCUUGUCCGGGGUGCGAUUGUAAAAAGGAAGAAGAAAUUGAAAAAAAGAUCAUUUGCGAUCCACCAUUCUGUCCACCCCGCUGUAAGCCUGAAACAGUUUACGAUCUAUACGAUAGACCAUGUCCAGGAUGCGUGUGCACGGAAGACAAAGAAGAUUUCAAGCCGAAAGUAAUCUGUGAUCCUCCUCGAUGUGACGGUCCUAACUGUAACCUGAAAACAGUGGAAGGCGAACCAUGCCCAAUUUGUGAAUGUGAAGAAGAAAAAAUUCAGUGCACACCUCCAAAAUGCAGACGAUAUUGCCGCAUCAAGGAAGUAGAAGGUGGCUGUCCAGUGUGUGACUGCCCCAAAUGGCGUAAAGAUAAAUAUCACGGUUAAAUAUCAAAGAAUGAAUGAAAGCCACCCGGAAGCGCAAUCAUUGUAUUUAGUUUCUAGAGAAAUGAUAAUGGAGACAAUCAAAUGAAUAACUGAAACCGGCAUUUGGAAACCGGACAGAUUUCAAAUUAAAUAUCCAUCAUUGUAUGAUUAUGUGCUUACUAGAGUUGAAAAUAUAUGUGAAAUUGGUGAAAAUUUCAGUUUUAUAUUUCAAAUAAACUUAAAAUUAGUUUA